AUGGAGCUGAACCGCCGCAAAUGCCUCCGCUGCCUGUGGCACGGGGACGCCAAGGGCGUGCAGCACAUCAUGUACCGCCGCGGACUGGACGUGAACGCCCCCCUGAACGCCGCCGGCGAGACGGCCCUGCAUUUGGCCUGCGGACUGGGCGACGAACCCGUCGUCCGGCGCCUCUUGCGCAACCUCGAAGCCGACCCUUGGCGUCUCGACGGCCGAGGCCAGACCCCGUUGCACACACUGGCCCAACGCGGGUUCUCUGUCGCGGUGCUGAAUGUCCUGUUGGAGACUGUGGGCAAGCCGGAAACGACGGCGUAUUUGGGCGUGAAUGCGACGGCGACGGGGCUGACUGCUGUCGACAUGGCGGCGCUGUCUUUGGCACGCCCGAGCAACAAUAUCCCCGGCGGCGACGCGUCGGCCGCCAAAUUGCUCUUUCUCACUACUCUGAUUGGGAAAUUGCCGUCGGAUCAGCAACAGCCGGUGCCAAGCCUCAGUUUGCAUUGGGCGGCGCAGGCUGCUGACCUGACUACUAUUCGCCAUCGCCUUAGUCAAACAGGUGCGAACCCGAAUGCCGAGGAUCUCUGCGGCAUGACCCCUCUUCACUGGGCAGUUCGAAAUCACAGCCUGGCUGCCCAAGACAGGGUUGUGCAAGCGUGUGCUGUCCUGAUGAGUGCGGGUAGCAAAGUGAACAAACGGGAUCGCUUCGGUUUCACGCCACUACAUAGAUGUCGCCUACCGCGAGUAUGCGCUUUCUUGGUGGAAAAUGGCGCGGACCUCGAAGCGAGGACACGUCUAUCAAAUGGACCCAGGUUGACAGCUUACGAUUUGGCAGUGCGCAGAAUGCCUCUGUCGACUCGCCUGGGCUUCAACAGAAGUCACGAUGACGAGCACAAAAUGCCCUGGCGAACUGUGCAGGCCCUAGAGAAAUCUGCUGCUGCCAGGUACCUGCUCUCGUCCGGGCCGUUCUUGACUGACCAAGCAGAAUCCUGUUUUCGAGUUUACAGUUCUGUCAUCACUAUGAGAGCUGCGCAUGAAGCCAGAAGG